AUGCUUCUUUCAAAGACCUUACAGCUCACAAUUCUUUUUGUUCUUGCCCAAACUUAUCCUCUUGCAUCCUUGGAAGAGCAAGCAGCCACUUAUGAAGAUGCUCUUGCUAAAAGAACAGUCAUCAAAAAAUUGAAAACAUCAAGCAGCUCCAGAACAGCUUCCGAAGAAGUUUCAGCUAGAACGAAACAUAAAACCACCACAACCAAGGAAAAUGAAGGCAAAGAGUCUGGAAACAAUAAAUCUUCUGGUUCUUCAAGCUCUUCAACUAGUAAUAGUGGUUCUAUUAAGCCUGCCAGUGAAUCAUCUUCCGGUUCUUCAGGCUCUUCAACUAGUAAUAGUGGUUCUAUUAAGCCUGCCAGUGAAUCAUCUUCCGGUUCCUCAGGCUCUUCAACCAGUAACAGUGGGUCGAUUAAGCCUGUCAGUGAAUCAUCUUCUGGCUCUUCUGGAUCUUCAACCAGCAGAGACCUGAUUAAGAAAUCUGAUUCAUCUUCCAAAUCAGCUAGCUCUUCAACCAGCAGCGACCUGAUUAAAAAAUCUGAUUCAUCUUCCAAACCAGCUAGCUCUUCAACCAGCAGCGACCUGAUUAAAAAAUCUGAUUCAUCUUCCAAACCAGCUAGCUCUUCAACCGGCAGCGACCUGGCUGAGAAACCUGAAUCAUCCAAAUCAAUGGGAUCUAAAAUAAUGAGUGGUAUCACAACGGCAGGUGACGUUGCUCUCGGUGUUUCUGCCGUUGAUAUGGUGGCAGAACAACUUGGUAUAACUGGCUCAUCUUCGACUCUGGAAGAUACAUCUUCUUCUUCUUCCGAAGACAGCUCAUCUAGUAGCUGUAUUCCAUCAGCAGAGGAAUUAUGCCCAGUGGGUGAUGGAACUUAUACUGACGGUGAAGGAGAUAUUUAUAAUUCAUCUGGGGUCUUGAUUAGCUCUGCUGCUACUGCCACCACUGGUACUUCUACUGCCACUGGUUCUUCUACUGCCACUAGUACCUCUACUACCACUGCUACCUAA